UUUAUCAAAAGCUUUUAACCCUCCCGUGUCCCAGCACACCACUGUCGACCAUGGGUUUCCCUGAACCUUCUCGUCUCAUUGCUUGAUACCCAAGCACCAAGUCACCGACCUCCCUAUGCUCUUUCUAGCGCGCUCUCUCUUUCUCUGUCUCUCUCUCUCUCUCUCUCUCGUCUUUGUCCAAUUUAAUAUCACAUCAGCACAAGUACAGGAGAACCUUCUCAUCCUCUGUCCUUCAACCAACUAGUAACCACUAACCACUAAUCACACCCAAAGCUGAAUUGCUGAAGUAUGUCCGUCGCGGGCGGCGCCGAGUGCGUUUUCUGCUUGGGCUGCUCUCGCUGGGCAUGGAAGCGCUGCACCUACGUGGGCUCCGACGACAGCUUAACUUGGCCAUCCGCCACCCCAGAUGAAUUCGAACCCAUCCCUCGCAUCUGCCGAGUAAUCCUCGCCGUAUACGAGGAAGAUCUCCGCAACCCCAAGUUCCCACCUGAAGGUGGCUACCGCCUGAACCCAGAUUGGGUCGUCAAACGCGUCACUUACGAGGAAACCCAAGGCCAUGCUCCUCCUUACCUCAUCUACAUCGACCAUGAAAACCACGAAAUCAUACUCGCAAUUCGUGGUCUCAAUCUCGUCAAGGAAAGCGAUUACAAGCUCUUGCUUGAUAACAAGAAAGGAAUGCAGAUGUUCGCUGGUGGGUAUGUACAUCACGGGUUGUUGAAAUCGGCGAUUUGGUUGCUCAAAAAGGAAUCGGAAACGUUGAAGCAGUUGUGGAUCGAUAAUGGUUCCUCUUAUAAGAUGAUUUUUUCUGGGCAUUCUUUGGGUUCUGGAGUUGCUGCGCUUUUGGCGGUGGUGGUGGUCAAUCAUCGGGAUCGCCUUGGUGGGAUUCCGAGGAAUCUUAUAAGAGCUUAUGCGAUUGCGCCUGCAAGGUGUAUGUCGCUUAAUUUGGCGGUCAAGUAUGCAGAUAUUAUUUACUCUGUUGUGUUGCAGGAUGAUUUUUUACCAAGAACAGCAACGCCAUUGCAAGAUAUUUUUAGAUCAGUCUUCUGUUUGCCGUGUUUAUUGUUUGCGGUUUGCUUGAGAGACACCUUCAUACCAGAGGGCAGGAAGUUAAGGGACCCAAGAAGACUGUAUGCCCCUGGACGGAUGUAUCAUAUUGUGGAGAGGAAAUUCUGCAGAUGUGGGAGAUUUCCUCCAGAAGUGAGAACUGCUAUUCCGGUUGAAGGAAGAUUUGAACAUAUUGUUUUAUCAGCAAAUGCGACAUCGGAUCACGCCAUUAUUUGGAUAGAAAGAGAAGCAGAAAAGGCUUUACAUAGAAUGAGAGAGAGCAGUGGCAAACCGAUGACAACAGCUCCAGAGGCCCAAAAAUUCGAGAGGCUAAAAACACUUGAGAUAGAACACAAGGACGCAUUAGAAAGAGCUGCCAGCCUGAACGUGCCUCACGCUGUGGUCCCAGCAGAGCAGCCCAUUGGGGAUUCAGAUUCGGUGGCAUCCCAGGAACAAGGAAAGGACCCCUCAAACAGCAGAUUAAAGUCCAGUGGAAGAACUAACUGGGAUGAAGUUGUUCAGAAGCUCUUCAACAGAAAUGAAUCAGGAGACCUUAAACUAAAGAACGAAAUUGGUGCCUCAAACUAAAAGAUGUAUCUAAUACCUUCAUCUUGCUUGCAUCUGGAGACACCUCUGGGGCUUGCUUCAUUUCUCUGCCUCUUGUUGGAUUUUGUAUACUGGAGUUGUAUGUUAUCUUGUCAUGAGAAGAGAACCUCCAAUUCUGUAUAAAACCCCCCAUCUUUCCCUGUAUUAAGGGUAAAAUUUGAAAAUUUGAAAAU